AACAAAGUGCUUUAAUGUUGUUGUUGCUUGUACGAGCCGGCACGGACAAACAAAGUUGUAACAAACAAGACGUAGUAAACACAGAAUUAAGGAAGCAUAUCCCAUUUCAUGUUCCUCCGAUCACCAAUAACAAUCCAAGUAAAAGAAUUGGUAUAUUUUGAUCAACUUAUUUGAACUUAAUUUUAAACUAAUCAUAAUACAGACGAACAAUCAUUCUCCAAAGUAUCAACGUUAAUUUGUUUUGUUCUUCAGUCCUCAAAAGUUUUAUCAUGAACCUACAUUUGUUGUCAUUAUCAAAUCCUAUCGUAAUUUAAAUGCGUUAAUUUAAAGGAAAGUAUGAACAAGUUCAUUUCUUAUGCCAUGCACCUGUAACAUUAAAGUCUGACUGAAAUCAAUUGCAGUGCAGAGUUUUUUUUUUUUUUUUUUGUGUUUAGCGUACUCUUGUUUUUUGUGCUUUAAGUAAUGGCAAGAGUUGUUGCUGAAAGUCGGCUUGAGGUUCUCCAAAACCAUCUGAACCCGUCCUCAGGCAGUACUCCGGCAGCCCUUCUCCGGCCAAAUCCUACUUCCGGCGAGUUUGUUUCUGAGCAGGGUUACAGUGUUGUUCUUCCUGAGAAAUUGCAGACAGGGAAAUGGAAUGUUUAUAGAUCAGCGCGUUCUCCGCUAAAUCUUGUUACCAGAUUUUCUAAUAAGCCAGAAGUUGCUACUUUGCACGACAAUUUUGUGCAUGCUGCAAAGUCUUUUCCUGACCACAAGUACCUUGGCACACGCGUUCGUGAUGAUGGAAAAGUUGGAGACUACAAGUGGAUCACAUAUGGUGAAGUUAGCACUGCAAGAUCAGCCAUUGGUUCAGGCCUUGUAUGCCAUGGGGUACCGAAGGGUUCUUGCGUUGGGCUAUACUUCAUCAACAGGCCAGAAUGGAUGAUUGUUGAUCAUGCUUGCUCAGCAUAUUCUUUUAUUUCAGUUCCUCUAUAUGAUACUCUUGGACCAGAGGCUGUCAAAUAUAUAGCGAAUCACGCAUCAAUACAAGCUAUAUUUUGUGUGCCACAGACAUUUGACACUUUAGUCCGCUUCUUACCAGAGAUUCCAACAGUACGUCUAAUUGUGGUAGUUGGAGGUACAGAUGAUCAAUUCCCACUGUUGUCAUCAACAACUGGAAGGAAAAUCAUAUCAUACUCAAAAUUUCUUACUGAGGGACUUGCCAAUCUUCGGCCUUUCAGUGCUCCUAAGCCUGAUGAUAUUGCUACCAUAUGCUAUACAAGUGGUACAACUGGGACACCAAAGGGUGUUGUCUUGACUCAUGGGAACUUGAUUGCAAACGUGGCUGGUGCUACCUUUGGUAUUGUAUUAUAUCCUUCAGAUAUUUAUGCCUCAUACCUUCCUCUGGCACACAUAUACGAGCGGGCCAACCAAGUUCUGAUGGUGCAUUAUGGAUCAGCCGUUGGUUUCUAUCAAGGAGAUCAUCUGAAGUUGCUGGAGGAUCUGGUUCUUCUUAAACCCACUAUAUUUUGCAGUGUUCCUCGAGUAUACAACAAAUUAUAUGCUGGAAUCACUAAUGCAGUAAAGUCAUCUAGUCCUUUGCAACAGAGACUGUUUAGUUCCGCAUAUAAUGCUAAAAAGCAAGCAAUAUUUAAUCGAAAGAAGUCAUCCCUAAUGUGGGAUCGGUUAGUAUUUAAUAAAUUGAAAGCAACGCUUGGAGGUAGAGUGCGCUAUAUGGUUUCAGGAGCAUCACCAUUGUCUCCUGAUGUCAUGGACUUCCUGCGAGUUUGCUUUGGAUGUCAGGUUGUCGAAGGAUAUGGAAUGACUGAGACAUCUUGUGUGAUAAGCAACAUGGAUGAGAAUGAUCUCUUAUCUGGUCACGUGGGUGCACCUAACCCUGCAUGUGAAAUAAAGUUGGCAGAUGUUCCAGAAAUGAACUAUACAUCUGACGAUCAGCCAUAUCCACGAGGUGAAAUCUGCGUCAGGGGACCAAUUGUUUUCCAAGGCUACUAUAAAGAUGAAGCACAGACGAGAGAAGUGAUUGAUGAAGAUGGAUGGCUUCACACAGGAGACAUAGGACUAUGGCUGCCUGGGGGGCGUUUGAAGAUAAUUGAUCGGAAGAAGAAUAUUUUUAAGCUGGCCCAAGGUGAAUACAUAGCUCCUGAAAAAAUCGAGAACGUAUAUGCAACAAGCAAGUUUGUUUCCCAGUGCUUUGUGUAUGGUGACAGCUUCAAUUCCUCUCUGGUAGUCAUUGUUUCGGUUGAGCAAGAUAAUAUCAAAGCAUGGGCUGCAUCUCAAGGUGUUAAGUAUGAAGACUUGCAGCAGCUGUGUAAUGAUAAAAGAACAAGGGCAGCUGUCCUGGCUGAUCUGGAUGCCGCUGGAAAAGCAGCUCAGGUACUACUAUUUCAUUCAUCAGUUCUUCACAUUAUGGUUUAGUUCCUCAACCAUAACUUGUAUGCGCAGCUGAGGGGAUUUGAGUUUGCGAAAGCAGUGACUUUGACACUCGAACCUUUCACUCUAGAAAACGGUCUGCUCACGCCGACUUUCAAGAUCAAAAGACCGCAGGCGAAAGAAUACUUUGCUAAAGCGAUAUCAGACAUGUACACCGAACUUGGAAGUUCUGAUUCCUAUUCCCAGAAAAUGACAUUAUGAACUUUCAGACUUUAUUCAGCAGAGAUCAUCUUUCCAGACUGUAUAGUUUGUAGCCUUGUAGGAAAGAACUCAUACAUUAAUGUACCUAAGUAUACAAAAUUGUACUUGUGUGUGUGUGUGUGUACAUGAUCAUUACUUUAAUCACUUUUGUUGUACAGUAUUGAGCUCGUUUCAGUUUCAUAAAUUAACCGUAUCCUUAUUGCAACAAGACAAAUUAAC